CGUUUGGAAAAUUGAUUGAAUAGAAAUGGGUCUCCCGAGUCCCCGUCUGGCCGUCUCUUCACUCUUUUCCUCUCCGAAAAUAGUUCUCAUUCCGUUAUCCUUUCUGUAAAUUUACAGAUUAUUUUGUUACUAUUUAAUUUCACACUUUCAGCUUCAACAUCAAGGAGGUAAGAACAGAAUCCCUUUCGUCACGGUCUGGAUCGGAGGUAGCGGAACGGUCUGAAAUAACAAUGAAUGUGAAUGCGGCGAUAGUGGUGUAUGGCUUGGUUCUGCUAACGUCCACGCCGUGGUGCAUUUGCUCGCCGGCGGUGAGGGAGGAGCGGCUUCUGGUGAACAUGACGCUGGUUCAAAACGCUUCGGCUUUCGGAGCUUAUUGCUUGGACGGAAGUUCGCCGGCGUAUCACCUUCACAGAGGAUUCGGCGCCGGAGCUCAGAAUUGGCUUUUGCAGUUUGAGGGUGGUGGGUGGUGCAACGACAUCAAAUCAUGUUUGGACAGAUCAACAACUAAGCGUGGAUCAACGAAUUUUAUGACCAAGUGGGAGGUCUUUUCCGGCAUUCUCAGCAACAACGCCUCUCUAAACCCAGAUUUUUAUAAUUGGAAUAGGGUGAAGAUCAGAUAUUGUGAUGGAGCAUCAUUUGCUGGAGAUUCUAAAUUUGAUAAUGGGACAAUAUUGCUUUAUUUCAGAGGACAGAGAAUUUGGCAAGCUAUUAUACAUGAUCUCCUUCCAAAAGGUUUAGGCCAUGCGAGAAAGGCUUUGCUUUCUGGCUGCUCAGCUGGUGGUCUGUCAACUUUUCUGCACUGUGACAACUUCACUAGUUAUCUGCCCAAGAACACCAGUGUUAAAUGCUUGAGUGAUGCUGGGUUCUUCCUAGAUGAGUAUGCUUUCUGCUUAUUUGGAAUUAAAACAUUUGAUUUCUUUUUCAUGCUUCAUUUAAUGACAGUCUCUGUCAUUUUCAGGAGAGAUGUGAGUCUAAACUACACCAUGAGAUCUUUCUACCAGAACAUGCUUUUCCUACACGGAGCAGGACACACUCUCAACAAAAAUUGCACUGAUUCUCUUUUACAUCCUCAACUGUGCAUCUUCCCACAGUAUGCAUUACCAUACAUCCAAACUCCGUUUUUCAUCUUAAACUCUGCAUAUGAUGUGUACCAAUUUCAUCACAUACUGGUUCCACCUUCUGCUGAUCCUCGAGGACAUUGGAACCACUGCAAACUCAACCCAGCAGCCUGCACUCCAUUACAGCUUAGAACUCUUCAAGGGUUUAGAAGAGACAUGCUUGCAGCUCUCAGAGUUUUCUAUUACUACUCGAGAAGGGAUGGAAUGUAUAUAAAUUCAUGUUUUGCUCAUUGUCAAAGUGAGACUCAAGAUACUUGGUUUGCUGUUGAUUCUCCCCGAAUACGCAACAAGACUAUUGCAGAGGCAAUUGGGGACUGGUACUUUAGCAGAAGAGUAAGCAAGGAGGUUGAUUGUGCAUAUCCCUGUGAUUCUACUUGCCAUAAUAUCAUUGGCUAAUUAACAUAAAUACAUCUAGAUCAGAAGACACUGAUGUAGUAGAUAGUAUACAGUUUUGGUUUCUUGAUAUAUACUCUCAUCUUACACAAAGGAGGAGAAGAUUACAAGAAAUACACUACUCACAUUCAUAGUCGAUCUAACAUUAAUCAUUACACACAUUUCUAUAUUGAUUGGUUUUUAUCAAUGAAUAAGAGCAGCCAUUUGAGUGUUGGGUUCAUCUUUGAUCU